AUGAACGUGACUAGAGGCCAAGCAGCCUGCAUGUUCUUUCAGCAAGAAUAUAACCUGGAGAACGAAAAGAAGCUUUUGGACAAGAUAGACGGCUUCGGCGAUGUCGACAUUUGCUUCAUGAAAGAUCCUACCGAGCCGUUCCUGCUUUACAUCCCCAACAUCCACAGUAAUCCCCCUACAAAACCACCGCAACCACUAGAAGAGCAACCUUCCAACGAUGAGCAAGCGAGUGUGACCGAAAAAAUCAGAAGACUGAGCUCAACCCCACAGGUCGUCCACUUCUUGAACGAAGUAUUUCUGUCGUACAAUCCCUACAACGAUGUAGUAUAUGAGUAUCGCGAGUACUCAAAUGAUAUGAUCUUAGAAGUAGCCCGUCGACACACAGCCAUGUUCGAUAACAAAAGCGCGGUAGGGUUUGGCAAAUGGUGCUCGACCCAAGGAAUCCAUUUCUACAAGGUCAACCAAAAGCGUAAAAGAUCUGACGACGUACGCUUUCAACUACUAUACGUUUUAAAAGAAAGCUUUAUGGGUAAGCUAUGUUUUAUUUUAGCAGAAAAUGGAUCUAAACUAAUAUUGUAUAUCAGAAACAAUCGUUGA